AUGUCUGCUCACGCUGCCAUCAAAGCUGGCAACCUGGCCGUCAUCAGCGGCGGUGCUAGCGGAAUCGGUCUUGCCGCCGCCAAAUACUACCUAGGACAAGGCAUGAAGGUCGCGAUCGGCGAUCGGAACGAAUCGAGUCUUCAGUCGGCCACCAAGGCGCUGUCGGACAAGGGCGAGUCGUACAUUGGCUUGCUAGACGUCACCGACCAGAACAGCGUCACUGCGUUCCGCAAGAGCGUCUUUGAAAAGUUUGGCGGGACCAAGCUGACCGUGCUCAUGGCCAACGCAGGUGUAGGCGGUCCCACCAAAGCCUCGACUUCGGACGGAUGGGAUCGCAUCCUCAGCACCAACUUUUACGGCGUCGUCAACGUAAGCCAAGCCUUCUUGCCUGACCUCAAGGAGCACGGCCAGUCCGCGCUCUUGAUCAACACGGGCUCAAAGCAAGGUAUCACCACACCGCCUGGUACCGGACCCGCCUACAACGUCUCUAAAGCCGCGGUCAAGGUCUUCACCGAGUCAUUGGCCCACGAGCUGCGCGAAGACAAGUCGAGCAAAGUCGACGUCAAGCUGCUGAUCCCGGGAUGGGUGCACACUGGACUGACAGGAGCUGCCGACGGCAAGCCCAAACCCGAUGGCGCCUGGACGCCCGAACAGACGGUCGAAUUCAUGAUCGAGCGUAUCAAUGCCGGCUCGUUCUACAUCCUCUGCCCCGACAACGAGACACCUCGCGAGACCGACUUGGCUCGCAUGGAAUGGAACGUCAACGACGUGAUCCAGGAUCGACCUGCCCUGUCGCGAUGGCACGACGACUACUCGAACGAGUUUAACGACUUUGUCAAGAACAAGACGUCGUGA